UCCCCUGUUUCGGACCGGUCAGAAAUGCCCAUCUCAGAGCCCCCAAAUCCCUGUGCUAGAGGCGGGCCAGGGCUGCGUGCAGCCUCCCGCCCCGCCCCAGGCUGUGCCGUGCGCGCCGCCGCUGCCGCCCGCCUACCCCAGGGGCCCCCGCCUCCGUCCACCAGUGGGCGACCGCGUCCCCCGCCCGCCCGGGAGCGAGUCCUGCGCUGCAGCCCCGCCGGGUGGGUUCGGGAGGCCUUCGGAGCGCGCAGGCCAGGGACGCGCGGUGAGCUCCAGGUGUGACCCACAGGGAUCCCGGUGACUUCUCUGCAGACUCUGCCAUGACAUCCCACCAAGGACGGGGGGAGUAAAGUGGGAAUCCUUUCCCAUGCCCCUCCCACGGUCGGCUCCCCGAUGGCCUGGGUGAGGGUGGACAGGCUGCUCUGACACCAUGGGGAGCUGCUGCAGCUGCCUGGACAGAGACAGCGUGCCACACAACCACCCUACCAAGUUCAAGGUGACAAACGUGGAUGAUGAAGGGGUGGAGCUGGGCUCGGGGGUGAUGGAGCUGACCCAGAGUGAGGUGGUGCUGCAUCUGCACCAGCGGGAAGCUGUCCGCUGGCCUUACCUCUGCCUGCGGCGCUACGGUUACGACUCCAACCUCUUCUCCUUCGAGAGUGGCCGCCGCUGUCAGACGGGCCAGGGGAUCUUUGCUUUUAAGUGCUCGCGGGCAGAGGAAAUCUUCAACCUGCUGCAGGACCUCAUGCAGUGUAACAGCAUCAACGUGAUGGAAGAGCCAGUCAUCAUCACACGCAACAGCCACCCCCAAGAGCUCGACCUCCCUCGAGGGCCUUCCCAGCCCACUGGCUACACUGUCUCCAGCCUCUCCAAUGGUUGCCCUGGCUGCCCUGGAGAGGGCACACGGUUCUCCGCUACCCGCAGACCCUCCACAAGCAGCCUGCGACACCCCUCGCUUGGAGAAGAGUCCACCCACACCCUCAUUGGCUCCGAUGAACAGCCCCCGCCUUCUCCGUCCUCCCAGCCCCGGAGCCCACGGUUUCCCUUCUCUCCCCUGCAGUCCCACACCUAUGUCAACACACCGACUGGCGAAGAAGACCACCGCAGGAGUCGCCACUGCCUGCAGCCACUGCCUGAGGGCCGGGCACCCUUUCCACCACAGACCCGGGGUUCCACCCAGCGGGACCCACAGGUGUUCUUGCAGCCAGGGCAGGUCAAGUUCGUGUUGGGCCCCACCCCUGCUCACCGGCAGGUGAUGAAGUGUCAGAGCCUCUGCCCCAGCAUGCACGACCCUCCCCACCACAACAACAACAACGAAGGGCCUUCUGAGUGCCCAGCCCAGCCCAAAUGCACCUACGAGAAUGUCAGCGGGAGCCUGCGGCCAGGGGCUGGCUGGAGACUGAGCCCGGAGGAGCCAGGGUGGAGUGGCCUGGCCCACCGCCGGGCUGCCCUGCUGCACUAUGAGAACCUUCCCCCGCUCCCCCCUGUGUGGGAGAGCCAAGUCCAGCAGCUGGGCGGGGAGGCUGGGGAUGACGGGGACUCCAGGGAUGGGCUCACACCAUCCUCAAAUGGCUUCCCCGAUGGUGAGGAGGAUGAAACCCCACUACAGAAACCCACCAGCACCAGGGCCUCUUCCCGUAACCACAGCAGCUUCCCUGUCCCGCUGACCCGCCGCCGAGGCUCCCCAAGGGUCUUCAACUUUGAUUUCCGCCGGCCAGGCCCUGAGCCCUCACGGCAGCUCAACUACAUCCAGGUGGAGCUUAAGGGCUGGGGCACAGACCGUCCCAAGGGGUCCCAGAACCCCUCAGUCCCUGGAGCUCCUGGACCCACCCCACACUCUGCCCGCAGCUCAGACUCCUAUGCCGUGAUUGACCUCAAGAAGACCGUGGCCAUGUCCAACCUGCAGAGGGCUCUGCCCCGAGAUGACGGCACUGUCAGGAAGACUCGGCACAACAGCACCGACCUGCCUCUGUAGACCUGGUCCUCCACCUGCCUCUGCUCCCGCAGGGAGACCUCCACCUCACCCACCAGCCCGGGACUCGGCUGCUCUGCAGAAGACGCUGGCGUGGACCAGAUGCUUCCCUGCAUUGCUGGAGUCCCCAGAGAUGUCAGCCCCUGCGAGUCCAGUUCCCAAGCUGGGGAGGGGAGAGGGUGAGCUGGAGAGGAGGGAGCCGUGGUGUAAACUGUGAAGGGUUCCCAAGGUUGCAUUUUGCACCCUUCCCUAAUGUCCAUUUGUCUAGUCUGUCAGCUGUCUGUCUGUGUGUGUUUUUUUCUUUUCUUUUUUCUUUUUUUCUUCUUGGUUGGAGUUUUGAAACAUUUUGUACCUGAUGAUUUUAUUUAUCAGUUUAUUUUUCUAUUUAUUGUUUUAAAUGUAACUUAACAUAUUUAUUAUUAAUAUAAUUAUUUUUAAAUUCUG